GUUCACCACACACACACUCACUAAGAACACGCACAACACUCAUCUCACACCCCACACCACCAUGGAUGAACUCGAUAUGCUUUUAGAGCAGCUGGCUCAUAACUCCAGCGAGGCUUCAGACCCUCCUGCACUCCUUCCAGCCAAAACCCUGAAAAACAACAACACAACUAUGCUCCAACAAACUGAAUCCUCAGGUCUCAUCGCUGGUCCAGGACAGACAUUUGAUAACCCCUACAGUGUUCCUACAGCCCCUGUAGAGGCCAGUCUAAUGAGUCCCGGGACAGCGACACGAGAACUGGAAUCCCUCAUGAAUAAUCUGAUGGGUCUCGAUCUGGAGGUUUCAGAGCCAGUUCCCUCAUCAAACCCACCUCCACUGGCUCGCAAGUCAAUAAAGGCCAAAACAACAGAGGAAACUGGAGAAAGUGGUUGUGGAAGACAGGAAGAGGACAGGAAACCUCAGCAUCCUCCUCUGUCAGAGAAACUCUCCAAGGGCGUGGAUGCUAUAGAUGAUCUGCUAGGCUCGCUCAGCUCUGAUAUGGAGAAAAUGGGGGUUCGCACCGCUGCCAAAGGCCAUUGUGCUUCUUGUGGCAAGUGUAUAGCUGGGAAGAUGAUCACAGCUCUGGGUCAGGUGUGGCACCAAGAACACUUUGUGUGCUCUUCGUGCAGGGAAGAACUGGGCACAUGUGGUUUCUUUGAGCGAGACGGCAAGCCGUACUGUGAGAAAGACUAUCAGAAACUCUUCUCUCCUCGCUGUGCUUACUGCAAGGGCCCUAUUACUCACAACAUUCUAACAGCGAUGGAUCAAACAUGGCACCCAGAACACUUCUUCUGCUGCCACUGUGGGGAUCUAUUCGGACCUGAAGGCUAUCUGGAGAGAGAUGGCAAACCUUAUUGCUCCAGGGAUUUCUACCGUCUCUUUGCGCCGAAAUGCUCGGGCUGUGGAGAACCAGUGAAGGAGAACUAUCUGUCCGCAGCCAAUGGGACCUGGCACCCCGACUGCUUCGUCUGUGCGGACUGUCUGAAGCCUUUCACGGACGGCUGCUUCCUGGAGCUGAACGGUCGGCCCCUGUGUUCUCUGCACUAUCACUCCAGACAGGGCACUCUGUGUGGGACGUGCGGGGAGCCUAUAGCGGGACGCUGCAUCGCCGCUCUGGACCGCAAGUUUCACCCCGAACACUUUGUGUGCGCAUUCUGCCUCCGACAGCUCAGUCAGGGAGUGUUUAAAGAGCAGGCAGGGAAGCCGUACUGUUCCGUGUGUCACGCCAAACUCUUUGUGUGAAUACUGAAGGGUUUAGUAAAAAGGAAAGAUUUAAAGAAGUGGCUCUCAACAUUUUUAACUCCAAUGGCCAAUUAAAUAGUCAAGUUUAUUCAAAUAAAACUAUUACAUUACAUUUCUAAUUAAUACACUGUAAAAAAAAAACUGUAGAUUGACUGUUUUUUGUGAUUCAUUUUAUUUUUCCACUUAUUUAUGCUUUUGGUUUGCAUUAUGGGACUUUGGUUUUCUUCCAACAACUUUUAACCCUUAAAAGUUUGAAAAAGUGACUUUUAUGAACAUUUUUAAUUGUGUAAAUAUUAUCUGGGUUGGUGUUGUAUAUUAUGCAGCAAAAACCUGGUAAUAAGUUGCCAGUACAUUUUCUGUUAUUUUACAAACUUAGUUUUCUAUAUAUUAUUUCUUAAACAAUAUCUUGUCUCAAACCAAAGACUAUAGAAUACACAAGACAUGUCACUCAUUUCUUUUUGAAUAGGAAAAAGUGUAACUGUCAAUAUGGUGAGUAAAGCCCCUCCUAGGAGCCAAUUAUCGAUCAAUAUAUAGUGAAAAAAGCCCGUCUUCUAUUACAGGAGCCAAUCAACAAUUGCUAUAGACUGACUAUACUCUGGGGGAGGAGCUUGGACCAGACUUGAGUUUCUGCACAUUGUGUGUGAUUUGGACGUUUAGAAAUGAAACUAAUUAGACUGCUGUUGUUUAAUUUUAUUGCUGAUUUCUAAUGUGAAAUUUAAUCCUAAGCUUGGCAAGCAGUUUUGGAGAAUUUGAUGUUUCCCCAUUCAGACAGAAUGCCAGAGCAUACUGCCCGAGAGGUGUUUCAACGAUGGCCGCCAAGUGAAAUGACUUGCCUUAAAGGGACUUUACUCAAACUACUAAAAUGUCAAUAAAAGUCACUUUGUUAAACUGUAGAGUUGAAUUAAAAUUUUGUAAAUUAAAGCAUAAAAUGAAAAUUGGUCAAUUUAAUUCAGGAAGUCAGGGAAAUUCUUGUUUUUACAGUAAAUUUGGUUACUUUGGUUUCAAGCUGUUCACACAUUGGUAAUAAAAGAAAAGAGAUUUAAAAAUUCAUAAAGCUCUUAAACAGUUUAUUUAAGGCAUCUUGAAGCCACUUCAUGAUUUUAUUAUAGUAAAGCUGUAAUAACCAUGUAGGAACCACCGUUUUCUACAAAUACCAUUAUUAUUCUAUGAUUCGUAUAGCAAAACCAUAGUGAAUGUGUGGUGGCUGGGUUUUUUGAUGUUGGUUUAAUUUUUGUAAAGACCUCUUGGUUGAGAACCACUGUUUUAAAGAGAAAUUAUUCGCCAUAUUUGUUUCAGAAGAAUCAUUCUUAAAAAACAGAAUGCAAGACAAGUAUGAACAUGUAAAUUACACUCAGGAAAUUCCUUUUGCAUUCAGAAAAAUUGUAUUUACUAUAUCUGCUUUUAUUAAAGGGCACCUCAAGGGGGCCUCAAAAUCACUGGGAUUUGGAUCCUAUUUUAAUGCCAGGAAAUUUAAAAAAAUAAACUUGAUGGGUUUAUAUCACUUCAAUAUGACAAUGGACACACUAUACAUACACACAGUUCUGUCCAAACAGCUUAUAACAGUUGAUUUUCAUCAUAGCUGCCCCUUAAGUAAUCUAUAGCAGUAUGUACAGAAUUAUCAUUGUCAUUUUCACUUGAUAUGAGUUUUGCUUAAUAUCAAGUAUAUUUUUAACAAAACAAAAUGAAUUGCUACUGAUCUAAAAUGGCUCAUAA